AUUACACAUCCAUUUACUUGAUUUGGAUAAUUGUUGUGUAUUUAUCGAUUUACAUGUGUUUGCAAGUUGCAAAGAGAUCUCAGAGUUACAGUCGUCUUCUCGUCUACGCUGUGGUUGUUCAAUAUUUGCUUCUUCGUGUAAUUAUAUCUCAUGAGUUGUAAUUUUUGACUUUCCAGGAAGAAGCUAAAUAUGGAUGAAAUUCAUGAUAUUCACGGGUUAAGAUUGAUAGUUGAAACUGAAGAAGAUUGCUAUAAAGCUUUAAGAGUCGUGCAGCAGCUAUGGCAUGAAAUACCUGGGAGGUUCAAGGACUACAUAGUUUAUCCGAAGUGUAAUGGGUACCAGUCCCUACAUACAGUAGUCAUAUCUGAGAGUAUGGUUCCUGUAGAAGUUCAGAUCCGAACAAAAAAGAUGCAUCUGCAAGCUGAGUAUGGAUUUGCUGCCCACUGGAGAUACAAAGAAGGUGACUGUAAAUACUCUUCCUUUGUCCUUCAGAUGGUUGAAUGGGCGCGAUGGGUCAUUACCUGGCAGUGCGAGGCCAUGAGCAAAGACAGGUCAUCUGUUGAUCUUUUUGACUCCACAAAGCUACCUUGCAUGUUCCCUACCCAUUCGAAAGAUUGCACAUUUUCAUGCAAACCUCAAUGUGGCUCUGAUGGACCUGUCUUCGUCAUCAUGAUUGAGAAUGAUAAGAUGUCAGUUCAGGAGUUACCUGCAAACUCAUCUGUGAUGGAUCUGUUGGAAACUACGGGUCGAGGCAGUUCUCGGUGGACUUCUUAUGGGCUUCCGGUGAAGGCAGACCUUAGGCCACGGCUAAACCAUGAGCCUGUCAGUGAUCCAACAUGUAAACUGAAAAUGGGGGAUGUGGUGGAACUGACUCCAACAAUACCAGAUAAGUCAUUGACUGUGUAUCGGGAAGAAAUCCAGCGGAUGUAUGACCAGGGUCGCAGCAUAUCAAGUGCUGUGCCUAGCUAUAGAAGUUGACCUUAGUUGAACUCAUUCUUUCGUAGUGUACCAUUCAAUUGAAAAGAAGAAAAAGGAACCAGUCAUUCUUGUACGUAAACUGAUUUUCAUGGUUCUGCAAUGAAAUGAAAUGCCAAUCUAAUUGCAA